AUUAGCCGCCCUCAGCUUUGCUCGUCGAGGACAUGAAGUACAUUUGUAUGAAUAUCGUGAAGAUAUACGCAAUGCGGAGUUGGUGCAAGGUCGUAGCAUCAAUUUGGCUUUGUCGCAACGUGGCCGCAAAGCGCUUGCCGAAGUGGAUUUGGAGCAGGAAGUACUCGCAACAGCCAUUCCCAUGCGUGGUCGUAUGUUACACGAUAUUAAAGGCAAUCGCACCGUUGUACUGUACGAUCCCUGCACGCAUCAAUGCCUCUACUCGGUGGGCAGAAAAUAUUUAAAUGAAGUGCUGUUGAAUGCGGGUGAAAAAUAUGCCAAUAUUCAUCGACAUUUCGAACAUAAAUUGAAUUAUGUAAAUCUGAGUGAGGGUCGUAUGGAAUUCAAGCGCAUGCAAACUAAGGAAGUUGUCGAAGAUUUUGCAGAUUUGGUUGUAGGUUGUGAUGGCGCUUUCAGCUCGGUGCGUCAGCAAUUGGUCAAGAAGCCAGGCUUCAAUUAUUCACAGGAGUACAUUGAACAUGGUUAUUUGGAACUUUGUAUACCAGCAAAAAAUGGCGAGUUUCAAAUGCCUGAGAAUUAUUUACACAUUUGGCCACGUGAUGAAUUCAUGAUGAUAGCGCUGCCCAAUCAAGAUAAGUCGUUUACUGUCACACUUUCAAUGCCGUUCAAAGUUUUUGCAACCAUACAUACUACCGCCGAUUUAUUAAACUUUUUCCACAAAUACUACGCUGAUGCAGUGCCACUGAUCGGCGAGGAAAGGCUGAUUAAAGAUUUCUUCAAAACACGACCACAACAUUUAGUUUCGAUUAAGUGCUAUCCAUACCACUACGGCUCGAAGGCGCUAGUUCUAGGUGAUGCUGCACACGCUAUGGUACCCUAUUAUGGGCAAGGCUUAAAUGCAGGCAUGGAAGAUUGUACGCAGCUAAUGUCGCUAUUUAAUCAAACAAGUUUAAGUACCGCUGAAGUAUUGCAGCAAUUUACUGAGUUGCGUUGGCGUGAUGCGCAUGCCAUUUGCGACUUGGCGAUGUAUAAUUAUGUUGAGAUGCGUGAUCUCACCAAACGGGCAAGUUUUCGCUGUCGUAAAUGGCUUGACACGUUACUAUUCCGUUGGUUUCCAAGCGCUUGGGUGCCAUUAUAUAAUAGUGUUUCCUUCUCCAGCAUGCCGUACAGCAAGUGCAUAGCUAAUCGCAAGUGGCAAGAUAAGGUGAGUGAUUAUGGUAUAAUUAAAUUUAAUACCACUUAAAACUUCUAAACCCGU